GUCACCUCCAGCUCAAGAAUGUCAUUCAAUGAAUAGAAAACGUUUAAAUAAUGAAUGUGGACGAAGCAGAACACGUGAUUUAAGGUGUGAAAAUAAAGAUAAUAAAAGCUUUAAAACAAGAAAGAGCAACAAACUAAAUCAACGGACACAAAAACUGACCAGGCAACAAGUGGCUUUUAAAAUGGCAGAUCCAAUGGUUGACCACAUGACAAGACUGAGACUGAAAAUGCUGGAAAAGAGACUGGAAAACGAGAGACAAGACAACAGUGAACGAGAGGGUUCAGCAUACUCCACAAGGAGUUAUGAUGGACAGACACACGCAGCAUUACACAGCGCUCUGAAGCGCAAGAGGAACUUACUCCAGAGACUGAAGGAGCAACAUAUGAUGGAAGAUCUCAGAAGGCCACACACAUGGGAUGGAGCUCGCAGGCCGGGUCAAUAUGAACCUCAGCAUUGGCCACCUCAGCCUGUGCCUCCUAUUCAUAUCCAUCAGAUUCCACCACCUCCACCUGCCCCUCAACCCCCCCGAAUCAUUCAACACACUGUUCCACAGCAGCCCGCCACCAUUAUCCAGCAGUUACCACAGCAACAGCCUCUCAUAGCACAGAUCCCGCCCCCACAGACCUUCCCUUACAGAUCAGGCAGUAUAAAAGAAGACAUGGUGGAGUUAAUGCUCAUGCAGAACGCUCAGAUGCACCAGAUCAUCAUGCACAAUAUGAUGCUGAAUGCCCUUCCAACAGGAGGCGCUGCCAGCCAGGUCACACCUCGUGCAUUAUCAGGACAGCAACAUGACUUAAAAGUGAGAGGAGGCGAUGUUCAUCACCAUCAUCACUACGGUUCUCAUGGACCACCUCUUCCUCCAAUUGGUUAUUCGUUUUGGCCCCCUAUACCAGUAGGACAAGGCGGGACUUAUCAGAGAUCAGUGCAGCCUGUGACUGAUCCAGUCACUCUUCCCCCGUUAAACAUAAUGACAACUGAUGAUGUAAACUCAAGAGCUCCUCUUGGCCUCUGAAAAACACAUAGUAAACAUAAGCCUAAAAAGAAGAAUGCAGACAAAUCCCUCUUCAUUUUCAAUGUCCAGCUCCACAUUAUCUUUAUUACUUUGAUUAUUUAAUUUGCUGUAAUAUUGAUGCACAUUUUUGUAUAGUCAUUACAGUUUU